AUGGAGGACAAGGCCGCGGCAGAAGCGGAGAAGAAGGAGCUCACCCAGUGGGCGGAGGCCGCCGGGGAGGCCAGCAGCACCGGCACCGGGGCUCCUCUCAUCGAAGACGUGGUCGGUGAGUCGUCGUCGGAGGAGGCCGUGGUCGUCGACCCUCCAGCCACGGGCAGAGGACGGGUUCUACGGCGGGCCACCUCCGGCGAGCCGGUCCGGCCCGGCAGGGCCGCGCAGCCGCGGCAGGCCCAGGAGAUCUCCGCACGCCAGACGAGGGCCGCAGCGGCGAAGAAAGUGGUGAAGGCCGCGGUGGCGAAGGAGAAGGACAUCGACACCAUCAUCGAAGAUGUCGCCAAGGCCGCCGAGGUGGAGGCCGAGGAGAUCGCCGCCAAGGAGGCUGCCAAGGGCGCUGCCGAUGACGCCGCCAAGGAGACUGCCGGGGAGCCCGGCAAGGGGCCUGCCGGGGAGGCCGGCAAGUCCACUGCCGAGGAAGAGCUGGAGGGUCUCGAGAAAAUGCUGUGGGAGGCCAAGGCCCGGGAGGGGACCCUGACCAAGAACCUGGAGACCGAGAAGCAGUUGCGGAAGAACAAGGCCCUCAACUUCAAGGAGCACAUGGAGGGCGAGAACCGCUAG